AUGAUGAGAGUUACACCAUUGUUGAGCGCUUCCAACUUAUUGGGUUCUACUCCGAGCAUUCAAGUCAUUGGUACGGCAAGCAGCCAUAGUGGAAGCCAUAAAUCCUUUGAUGUUUUAGCGGUUCCGAGCUCUAGAAGAGGCAGCUCGGUGUAUCCUCCUUCAUUCGCCGGUACCGAUUCAGCUCAUCCUCCUCCUAGUGAUAUUCAUAUUGGCCAUCAUCAUGGAAAUCGAAUCAUACCCACCACCUUUAUACCCGUUACCACUUCUUCAACAUCAAACAGUAACGAUAUUGAGAAUGACGAGGAUCUUUUUGAAACUGGGAGAGGCUGGUGCGUGGACACUCUAUGUUCGGUUAGCUCGGUAUUCAUUUUAUUCACAGCUGUAAACCUAUUCAUUACAGGUCUGUUGAUAUGGGUCCCAUCGAUGAUAUUACUGAGCCAGAAUAUUGUCAUUAACAUGGGUAUUAUUUCUAUCAUAGUUGGGUGCUCGUUGAUAAUUCUGCUUCCCGUGUUCGCCAUUGCAUGCUAUUUCAUUUCCAAGAAGGUCAUAUCGAAACCUCUACGAUCUCUUGUCAAGCAAGUGAGUUUGAUGCGAGAUUUGAAAUUGGAUUGCAUCGAGCCUAUGAAAUCAAAUUUAAAAGAAUUUCUUUCCCUUACAUUAAUUCUUGAAGACUAUUUGGAAUUCAUGAAAGAGGUCAAAUCUUUUAUUCCAGAGACUCUUAUUGGAGACACGUCACAAGAAGGCGUUAACGAAAAAGAGAUUAAAGCAGAGCACAAACGAGAGCACGAGCUAACAGAAAUGAAACGAAAAUUAGUGACACAAACCAGCGUGCAAUCCAUAGGCAGUAUCCCCAGCGUUAAAAGUGCUACAUCAGGCAAUCCUGCAAAAAUGGUUAAAGCAGUAUCAAAGCUUGGUUUGCCAUCUCUUCCAUCUCUAGGGUCCACUGCGAACAUUGAAAGAAAGGAGCAUAGAGGCAAUACCAAACAUCAUACACCUCAAUUAGGAUUAGGUUUACAAUCAUUUAUCAGCACAGUAAUUAUCGUUCAAUUGAGAAAUUAUAAUGGUAACAACUAUCCCACAGUAUCUGACUUGUUAGCUGUCUUUACUAUGUUUUUCCAAAAAGUUCAAAGUGUUAGCAGACAAUUUAAGGGACGCUGCUCUAUUGUCUCUCCAAAAAUUGUAAUGAUCUCUUUCGAAUGUGGAAAAAAUGUAGAGCAAAACGCCUUACUUUGUGCCUUGCAAUUGCAAUAUCACAUUGACGCAGUGAAUGAACAGCUUGAGUCUCAAGUACAUCUUCCAGUACUACAAUAUGGAAUUGGAGUUUCUCGUUCAGAAUGUCUGGUUGGAAAUAUUGGAACGAGUCAAACAAAAUAUGCAGCUUGCAUUGGAAAUUGUCCAAGCAAUGCUUUGAGACUUGCAAGUUUGAAUGAAACAUUUGGAACCACCAUUUUGACAGAUGAUUCUCUUUUGAUUGCUCUUCAAGGUUUUGUAUCACGCCCAGUUCAUUUAAUGCCAAGAAGGUCUAUAAUUCAGGGCGAAAGCCUUGCUUUAGAUGAUGACAAUGCGAAGCAAACAAUAAUUCAACUCAUUUCAGAGAAAAAAGUACAAGAUGAUGAGUGGUUCUACGAACUUCAGCAACAAGAAGAGCAGAAUAAGUUUGAAAAAUAUUGCCAAACCUUUGAAAGUUUGAAAGGACAGGUAACUUUCAGUCGGAUUGAUGAGAUACAAGAAAUAUUGUACUCAUAUUUGCAAAAUAAUCCCAACGAUAAGGUGAUCUCUAUUCUCUACUCUCAACUUGGUGCAAUUAAGAAAAACAGUAAUAAGGACGACAAGUAUGUUGAAGAGCAAGUGAGAGAAAUGACGAUUGACAAUUGCCCUUUUGUGCAAGAGGUGUCCUACGAAUCCUUGCUGUAA